UCGGAGGUUAUGUAAACAAACUGUUUAUGAUCCCUUGAGUAUGAAGGUUGAAUGUUUUAAACAUCCCCUCAGAAUUUGAUACGUUGGGUACAGACACUAUUGUCACUGGCACAAAACUUGAGGGAACAAAAUCUUACAACUUAAGCCAGGCCAUUCAGGAAGGAAACUAAGUAUGUUCGCACCAAGGGUUGUAAAAAAAAAACUGGAAGUCUCUCUCACUGUCCCUCCCCAAAAUGCUCAGGCUCUAUUUAAGCUUUAUAGGCCAAGGCUGCUUCUGUAAUAGUACCACGGGAGGCGGAGCUAAACUGGAUAAAUACAGUCGAGUUGUAGAUCAUCCAUGAUCUAAUUAAACCAUAGCUUGAGGGGCUGAAUGGCCUCCUGGUUCUAUGGUCCUAAUUUAACCAGUGUUUUUGACCCUGGCAUGCUCUCAUGAGACGCGAACGUUGUCUAAAGGCACAAUAUGAUGUUUAUGUCUUUUGAUUUUACCUCUUUAAUUCUGAUAAUUGUUUCUCAAGAUAGCUGUCGGAGUGCCACCGUCAAACCUAAUAGGCUUGUCAAGACUCGUGUGCUUUGGAAAACUAACCUGUUCUGCUCUGGUGGAGGGAGGGGGAAGCUGCAGUUUUGCAGUCAGUUUCUCAUCUCUCCCAUUCCCCCUUCUAUUUAAAAUGUUGAGACCUGUGAACUGAUCUGGAUACCUACUUCGUGGAAGAUUUUACAAAAACGAAAUACUUUGGCGUUUGGAACCGGCUGAUGAUUUGCCCGCCCCUGUGCAUGAACAGCAGGCGUUAGGACCCAAAAGACUGCCCAGUUCCAGGCGGGACUGGUGGAAAUACCACAAUCCAGAAAUGCUUUGGGUCGAGUAAGUGGCUGCGCGGAGGAGCCUUUUAAAGUCAAUUGUUUUCGUUGAUCGGGCGGGAGACUGCGGCACAUCGGGAAGGAGAAUGAAGCCAAGUUAAACUCCCCACUGAAGAGCACUUGUUGGGUUGUUUCACCUGCUUGCUGGAAUUUUUGCUCACAAACCCUUGGCGACAGGAGGAACUUUAGUCACGUUUAUUUCUGAAGCCAGGAAGAGGUUGAAUUGAAAAGUGGUGAUGGGGACCCCGGUCAAUGCUCGGAGAAGGAUCCUGUCCAGAGAAAUGUCGGAGGAUGAAAAUGUGAUGAUAAUGAUUAAAGAGGCUGAUGCAAAGUUCAAUGCCAGGAAAGCUUCAUUUGCUGAGGCCAAGGAGACUUGUGUGAAAAAACUGGUGCAGCAGCAGCAAGAGAUUGAAGGGCUAAUGGAACAACAAGGUGCUGACCAGAAUACCCAGGAAGACUUUAAAAAGAAGUACGUGGAUGCAGUUGAGUCGAUUGGUCAUUUGGAAACUGAGAAGGUUUUACUUGUGUACGAGGUGGAGCGGCUGAAGGAUGUUCUGGAAGGCACUGAGGAAGAGCUGGCCGAGCUUCACUGGAAAUACGAGCAAACAACCAGGGAGCUGGAAACAGAGAAAGCUGCCAAAUAUUCACUGUUGCAGGAAAUUAAUUGCAUGAAGGAGCAACUGGAAGAGAGAAAGAAAAGCGAGGCUAUUGAAAUAACUGCCACAGAGAAUAUGGCUCAAAGUAUUCAGAGCAACCUUAAACAUGAGGAAUAUUCAGAUGUAAAGAAAAUGGAGUUGAAAUCGGACGAUUCUGGGAAACACGGUGCGUGGAAACUUCAGAGCUCGGCAGCAAACCUUGCAGAUGUAGAGCAGAAAUGCUUGACAAAUAGCAGCUUUGAAACUAUACACCAUGUACAACAUAAAAGAGAAAUACCUGAGGAGAUCGCGAAUGGAAAACAUAAAGAGAGAAGUGUGAACGCAUUCACACAAGGCACAGCUGACGUGCAUGUGAAGGAAUCUACUCGUCUGAUUAAGGACGGUGAAAGUGUAACGGUUGCAGAAAAGGUGAACCACAUUCACCAAUGUGAGACUGAAAGAUCCAAAUUGAAUAAGGUCACAAAAGGUAGUGGAAGUGAAACAUUAGAACCUGUAACAUUGGGCAGUAAAGGAAGUGACUUGGAAUGCAAGGAAAGCAAAGCUCCUAAGGGACAAGAGAAAGAGCCGAUCUUUGAGGUAAGUAAAGUUGCUUUGGAAGAGACUGCACACGAUGAAGAGCAAAGUGAAGAUGAGGCUGGAACAAGAGAGCAAACCUAUGACAAUUCUAUGAACACAGUGGAAGAGGAAGUAAGAAAGCAAAGUGAACAAAAGAAAACCAUUAUAAUGGAAAUGCAUGAUGGAAAAAACAUGGCGAUAGUGAAAGGGGAAUCAACAGAAGUUUGUGGAAGUGUAACAGGGGUUCUGGGGCGAGGAGAGUUUGUACAAGACCAUGGAGUAACCCCUGGAGAAUCCAGAUGGGAGAAAACUAAAGAGAGGAACAAGGAAGCAAUAUCUUCAGAUAAAAGUUACAAAGAAUUGGAAAUGGAAAGUGACAGAGAGGAUUUUCUUGAUGGAGUUGCAAGAGCUCAUGAUAGAUGGAUGGAGGGUGGCAGGGAUGGAGAAGAGGUCACCAAUCAGUUUCGGGGUACGAGGGAACCCAUUCCAGAUCUUGCAAAAGAUGGAGUUUCUGUGAAUCUGAAGCAGGAUUUGGGAUUGGAUGAGAAGCAACAGCAUGGAAAAGAAAUAACUGAAGAUGAGCAUUUUAAUGAGAAACAACGAGGGAACCAGAAUCCAGUCAGGGAUCAAGAGAUGGAUAGAUGGUUACAAAGCUCUAUUGAUAAAAUAAAUGAAGAAGCUUACAGUGGAAGGAAAGGAGGAGAGAAUUCCAAUGAAAAAGCAAGACUACAUCUAUUACAAGAGGACAAUGCAGAUAAGGAGAUGGACGAGAUACGUGUAGAUUUGGACGCACAAAGGCAGAGAACUGUACUGGGUGGAUCAGUUCAGGUGGAAGGGAAACUCACACACGAUGAAGGCAACACGGAGGAAAACAAUGGUGAGAGGGAGAAGGGCCCAUUUGAAAUGCUUGUGCAAAUGAUUACAACGAUAAUACCACAGAAAAGCCCUGCAAAAAGUGAGGGGAAGAUGAGCAGAAAGGACGAUGUUGACGGCUGCAGGAGUGAGAUGCCGAGGGAAAGAAAAGAGCAGAAUGAAGAACAUGCGUCAACAAAUAGAGGACAAUCUGUGGGAAAAGAGAAAGAAGGAUUAGAAUCACCAGGUGAUGAGUAUGAGGAGGAAAGGGAUAAUGAUUUGAGUGGGAAGGGACAGGCGGAAAGUAUAUUCAAGCUGACGCGACCGGAAGGAAGUAAGGCUGCAAGGGAAUUCACUGAAGAAGUGGAGGGAGUAGUGGAUGAUCCAUCUGAUGAGGAAAUGCAUGAUGCAGCAGUAAGUAUGGCACCUGCCACAUGCACUGAAGAAAGAAAACCAGACAUUGAAGAUGAUCCUGAAAGCGCCCCAAAUAACGAUGACUUGGGGUUUGGGCAAAGUUUGAAUAGAAGCGAGAGUACCAGACGACACACUAAAAACAGAGACACGUGUCAGGUUUCAUAGGACUCCUGUCGUGAGUUUCAACUGCAAAAUUUGAGGCUGAACAGGGGAAAGGCUUCCAAGUUGCACAAACCUGGCACAAGUUUGAAUUGGAUCUUUCAAAUCUUCUUAAUAUUGAUUCUUUUGCAAUGAUUUUCACACUUUAACUGAAGAGUAAAUCAUACUUAGAAUGUAAAUAAGUUCAGCUUAAGUGGAAAUAAUUCAAUGCAUUGUGUCUCAGCCUUUUGGGAUUUAGUUGACAAAGGAAUAAAUAGCCCAUUUCAUUAUUCUUUAAAAGUCUUUUAUAUGCUGUAAGGCUACUUUUGCCUUUGUUAUGGGCUGUUAUGAUUUCACCAUGCUCAUUCGGAAAUCUGUAGGGGCCUGGACAAACCUCCGAGUCUGAAGGAGCUAGCAGUGAACCUAUAGAAAUGUUUAUGAAUAUCAAGGCAUCUAUUGCAUGUUUUAGGCAGUUGUGUAUACCAACCUUUGUGCUUUUAGAUAAGCAUUUAGCAUUUUGGACAAGAUAAACAUUUUAUGAUGCAUUUGAAUCGCAGAAGCUUGAUCUGUAUUGGAGGUUCGAGUAGUAUUUCUGAAGCACAUGAAGCUCGGCACCAUCACUGUCACCCUUUUACUUAUUUUGCCUCAACUUGUAUAAGCUGUUAAAUAACUACUAGUUGCCAUUGGCAAGGAGGGGUGGAACCUAGAUUUUCAACCCAAAACCAGCAUGAAAUUGCCUACAUUUCAGAGGCCUGAACUUUUGCACUGAUCCAUUUAGGGGGUAGGAUGUGGAAGCUGGGGAUUGGCGAGGUGAACUAAUUCCUGAAUCUUGCUGCUUCCACAAUAAUCACUUCUACAAAGAAUCUUGUUUCCUAAUUUCAGUUUGCAAUAGUCCCCUUUUCUUAAAGGGCUGCUGGUUCAUCCAUUUCAAUGAGCGUGACCAGUUUACGUUCUGCCCACCUUUAUGAUAAAAUUGCAAAUGGGGUCUUAAACCAGCAUAGGACCGUGAAUUGCAAGUUCAUGACCUGUUAUUGGCAGGAGCAAUGUUGCUUCAAUCUGCCAAAUGUAAACUGGUCAACUCUAGUACAGUACUGGCACAGUGGUUAAAUUACUGGACUGGUAAUCCGGAGGCCUGGACUAACAAUUCAGAGCCCCAACUUCAAAUCCUACCAACUAUUAAAUUCAAUUAAUAAUUUGGAGCAACAACUAAUGAGUAAUGUUGACAAAAACACUACUGUAUUAUUGUAAAAACCCAUUGGGGUCACAAAUGUCCUUUAGGGAAGGAAAUCUACGAUCCUUGCCCAGUCAAGCCCACAUGUCACUCCAGACCAACCCCAUGUGGUUGAUUCUUAAAAUGCCCUCUGAAAUGGCCAAGCAAACCACUUAGUUGCCUCAAGUGCAAUUAGGGAUGGGCAUUAAAUGCUGGUCUAACCAGUGAUGCCCCGAUCCCAAAAAUGAACAAACAAAAAUAUUAGAUCUCCAAGGUGCUCGCCCCUUUUCCUUUGCUGUUUUUACAUUUUGCAGGCAAGAAAUGAUGCUCAGCAAUUGAAAGUGCUGCCCUCCAUCUGACCACCCUAACAUGCUCUAAAAUAUAGUGGCUCAGCCAGUAGUGCUGCUGCAAUCCAGGUAAGUUCCAGCGAUCCGGGUUUGAUCCUGGCCUCCAGUGCCGUCUAUAUGGAGUUUGCACGUUCUCCUUGGGAGUGGGUUUCCCCUGGCUGCUCCAGUUUCCUCCCACAUCCCAAAGAAUUGCUGCUUGGCAGGUUAUACAAACAGAAAAUGCUGGAAACACUCAGCAGGUUGGGCAGCAUCUGGGGAAAUAAGAACAGAGUAAUGUUUUGGGUUGUUGAGCAUUCAUCAAAACUGCUAAGUUAAUUAUGCCCACUGAAAAUUUUCUUAGUGUGGAUAGGUGGCAGGAGAAUCAGGGGGUUGUUAAUGAGUAUUUGAGAGGGAAUAGGUUACAAGGAAAUGGGUGAAGGAAAGGGAUUGAUGCAAGACCCAGCAGACACUCCAUGGGCCAAAUGCCCUCAUCUUCCAUAAGAAGAUAUGAGAAUCCUAGUUGUUAGUGUGACCCCUUUCAUUUCAUUACAAUAACUAGCAAUGCCCCAAUGUGCAUCAUUGCACUGACAUGAACCAAAAAUUGACAACGGACCAUACAAAUGGGUAUUAAAUGACCAAAAGUUUGGUCUGCAGCUGUUUUUAGGGCAUGUUUCAAAGCAAAAUAAGGAGUGUUUUAGGGAGGGAAUUCUAGUGCUUGGGACCCAGGCAGCUGAAGGCACAGCAAACACAGGGGUACUGGGUGAACUGGAAUUGUGCAAGUUAAGACCCAGGUUUUGGAUGACCCGAAGUUUACUUUUAAAGAUGCAGGAGAUAUUUUAGUCCUUUAUGACUCUGCCUGUGCACCUAUUGUUGUUAUCCUCUGCUUCACUCACCACACCUCUAUUCACUUCCCUUCCACUCGAUGAUAUAUUGAACCUGCAUGUGAUGUUUCCUUAGAUAGGCCCAGCAGAGAUUAGGAAGUUACUUUGUCAUGGAUACUUUUGCAAUACUGCUUUGCUGUGGCAGUCUGUGAGGGCCCUGUUAUCAUUUCACCGUUAACAAAUGUGCUGUAGUCCUGAAGGCUGUGAAUGCUGCAAUCCACUGUAAUGCAAGGUUUCUUCCACUAGAAGGUGUGAUCAACCAACUAGGUGACGUCUGCUCUGAAAGUAAACAGUCCUUCAUAUUUUUGUACUUCUGAGUUGGGACAAUAAAAUCUAAAUGAA